AUGUCUACCGAAGUCACUGUUGAUACCGACGCCACCUUCAAGUCUACGCUUCCUCCCAGAAAGAGAGCCAAGACCAAGGAGGAAAAGGAACAACGUCGUGUCGAACGAAUUCUCCGUAACAGACGUGCUGCCCACGCUUCCAGAGAGAAGAAGAGAAAGCACGUGGAGUAUUUGGAGUCCUAUGUGGUCCAGCUUGAAAAGAACUUAGCGACCUUGCAAGACAACUUUGAUGCCGUUCAUAAGUUGCUUCCAGCCAAGCAGCAGGCGUCGUUGAGCUUGGCCGCCUUACAGGACUUGAAGGAGUUGAAGGAUAAGAUCCACUCCAACUUGACCACAGGAUCAAAGAAGUCCGAGAACGAGGAGGAAGAUGACGAGGACGACGAGUCCUUCUCGUCCACCCCUCAGCAAAAAAAAAGAAAGUUGAGUGAAAGCACCGACUCGUUGUCGGUCAAGGACGAAAAGAGCACCUACUACAACUAUCUUUCGCCUGUGUCGAUCAAUUCACCCGUCAACUCGCCCAUCGACUUGACGUUGACCAAGAACCACUCGGGUGUGUCCACCGAAGACCCAACCCCCUUCAUUAAGUUGGAGCCAACUAACGUGUAUGAUUCAAUGGGGCAAAAUUCAGCAGCACCAAUCAUGCACGAUUUCUUGGACUCCUUCCCAACCGAUAGGGAUGGCUUCACGGAACAACCAAAGUCUUUAGUUCCUGGUAACACUCAACAAUCUUUCAACAACAAUUCGGUUGAUGACUUAUUAUUAUCUCAUUAUUCUGAAGUUGAAGAGUUGAACGACUUCUCCUCACCUGACUCUACCUCGUUCAUUUUGGAUAACCAACAUUCCAAGUUUGAAUUACAACAUCAGGAUCAAGAACAUCAAGAUGUCAAUUUGACCAUUGAUGAGUUCUUGGAAUUUUGAUACCUCUCGUGGGUUGGGUUACAUAAAUAAAUUUUACUGGUGUUUAUAUGGGUUUACUAAUUGUGUGUGAUUGUCACAAGAAAAAUCAAAAAUCAAAAAAAAAACUAUGGCUAUGUCUCGUUCGGUUCAGUUCUACUAAUAAUGUUUAUCAAUCUGAUCAUACUGAAAAAAAUCGCAAAAUCAAAAAAAAAAAUUCAAAACAAAAAAA